AUGACUAAUAUAGCUAAAAAGCAAGCAGCUGCUACAAAUGAACCAACAAAAGAUAUUUUGGUUCAUUCUUUUGAAGACAUUGGUUCAGAUUUGCUAGUAAGUUUGCGAAAAAUUAAACACUGA